AUGGUCAACGUGCCAAAAUUACGUCGUACAUUUUGCAAGGGUAAAGGUUGCAAGAAACACACUGUUCACAAAGUAUCACAAUACAAAAAAGGCAAAGAUAGUGUUCAUGCUCAAGGUAAACGACGUUACGAUAUGAAACAAAAAGGCUAUGGUGGACAAAAGAAGCCUGUCUUUCACAAAAAAGCCAAGACAACCAAGAAAAUUGUAUUACGUAUGGAAUGUACGGAAUGUAAAUUUAAGAAACAAUUAGCUAUUAAACGCACCAAACACUUCGAAUUGGGCGCUGAAAAAAAGAAGAAAAAUCAAGUUAUCAGUUAUUAA